AUGCCCUACAUCGAUAUCCCAUCCAGGGACGACUACGUGUCUAUAUGGUACAUCACGAACUCCGUCCACGGGAAUGUUGGCAGCUUUGACCCAGAGCGGCCGACUUGCAUCCUCCUCCAUCCUUUAUUUUUGGACUCAAGCUGGCUGAUAAGGCAUUUUGAUGAUCCCAGACUCUCCCGGGACUACAACAUGAUAGCUUUUGACCAGCGGACUUGCGGACGAUCACGAUGUAGACCUAGCCAAUUGCAUGACAGCUAUGUUGAUGCUGCAGAUAUUGCUAUGGUCUGCCAGGCCUUGCUCUUGCCUCCUGCACAUAUAUUGGCGUUCGAGUGUAUUUCUGUUAAUGCAGCUCUUAGACUUGCUGCAUUGUGGCCUGAGCAAGUCCUGAGUCUAACUUUAUGUGACGUCCCCCCUCCGACAGAACUUCAAUGGGUCUUCCACGCUUACGACGAACUGCUUCAAUUGUGGUGUUAUGCGCCCGACCUUGACUCGUUCGAACAUGCAGGAAAUGAAGUGGUGAGUUUCAUGACUGGGGAGAGCGACAAUCUAGACCUUCAAGAUGAUUUGAUAGCCUACUGGGAGAAAUACACACCUCCAACAAAACGUCUGAGAAUAGUGGAACUUGUUAACAUUAUGAUGAAUCGUACACUUAUGAGGCCCGAAGAACUUGCCAGUGUCAGUUGCCCUGUUCUUAUUAUUCAGGGAGAAGCGAGUCCCAUAGCUCCGCUGAAAUACGCGGAGAAUCUUAAACAGCUUUUAAUAAACGCUGAAGAUGGACCUCGAUUGUACGUUGUCAAGGGUGCCAAAGCUUGCUUGAACAUCCUCCCUGGAAGCGCUUCGAUAGUUAACCAGGUCUUCUCAAAAUUUCUUGCCCAACAACCUCGUACACGAUCCGACAUCCUUCCUCCAAAGUUGUCCAUACGAGAACGGACGAAGGUCGCUCUAUCGAAGCUUGCGGAAUUCAUUGGCAUUCCAUCUAUUGCCCAGAGGGAUCCUCGUUCUCCCCUUUCGUUUUCAUGUGUAAAAACCGAUGUUGCGAAGAGCCAGUUGGAAAAUUUGAUGUCUUACGCGAGGGAUUUGAAUAACGCAUACUGUCCGCUUGGGACAGAUGGUCGGCCGUUGCGGAAGUACUCCGAACGGAAGAAGGAGGCUCACUGGUUCCAAGGAGACAAACAUGGCAAUAGCUACAUCGGUACGUUCACAUACUCUAUGGAUUCACCCUAUCGUGCUUCAUAA